CUUGACUCUUGAAUAUUCAUUGACGUGUUUUUUUAUGUCAAGGUAGCAUGCCAGUGCAGACAUCAACAAAGGCUAGCGCAGCUCGUCAAGACCUGUCGGUUAUCCUCGUCACAGGCUCAUACGACCACGAAAUUCGAUUCUGGGAAGCAUGGAGUGGUAUAUGCUCAAGGACUAUAGCUCGCUCUGGUGAUCAAGGCCAAGUGAACAGAUUGGCUAUAUCUCCGGAUAAGCGAUUACUUGCUGCUGCUAUUCACAAGAAGGUCAACAUAUAUGAGAUAGCAAAUAUGUCUAAUGCAGUUCUCCAAACGUUUGAAGGCCACACCGGAAAUGUCACAGCAGUCCAGUUCCACGCUGAAGGAAAGUGGGUGGUUACUGGUAGCGAAGACGGGACUAUCAAGGUUUGGGAUCUAAGGAGUAACACUCACCACCGAAAUUAUGACAACGGUGCUGCUGUUAACGACGUGGUUAUACACCCCAAUCAAGGGGAACUGAUUUCGUGCGACCAAGCGGGAAGCAUUAAACUUUGGGAUCUUUCGGAGAAUGUUUGCAUGCUUGAUCUUGCUCCGGCGGGUGAUGUACCCAUACGGUCUGUGACGAUUGCGUCGGACGGAUCGUGUCUCGUGGCUGGUAAUAAUAAGGGCAAAUGCUACGUGUGGAAGAUCAAUGAGGAACUUUCAGAUCUCCCGCGGUUCCAAGCGAUCACGAAGUUCCAAGCGCAUAACAAAUAUCUCACUCGCUGUCUUCUGAGUCCCGACGUUCGGUAUCUAGCCACGUGUUCUGCGGAUACAACUGUGAAGAUUUGGUCAAUUGGGCGAAAUUGGGAGUUCAAGCUUGAGAAGAUCUUGCAGGGACACCAGCGCUGGGUCUGGGACUGUGCUUUCAGCGCCGACUCGGCCUACCUCGUUACCGCUUCCUCGGACCACGUGGCACGUCUCUGGGAGAUGCAGUCCGGGGAGACCGUGCGCCAGUAUAACGGCCAUCACAAGGCCGUGGUAUGCUGCGCAUUACACGAUGGAGCUGGCUGAAGCGUACUCGUGCAACAAGUUCUUCUGUUCCAGUUCCUUCUUUUUUCGUCAUCUACUUCCGCAUGUGUAUUUACCCGUAUAUACGUACCAUCCCACCCACGUACAUCACCAAUAAAAC